CCUUUCGCCGACAAGAUGGCGGCCGUAGCAGCGAAUUCCCCUCAGAGCGCCGCGACGCCCUCGCCGCCGCCGCCUCCUCCUCCCGCAGCUGCUUCCCCGCCCGCAGCUGCCUCCAUCACCGCCGCCGCCGCCGUUUCGUCAGCGCCUCCCGCGGCUCCCGCUCCGGUUCCCCUUCAGGCCGCCCAGGCGCCGGCCCCGACUCCGGCCCCUGCCCCGCCGCCGGCUCUGGCGGCGCCUUUCCCCGGCGGCCGCGCGGUCCGGAUCCACCCGGUGGUGCUCGCUUCCAUCGUGGACAGCUUCGAGCGGCGGAACGAGGGGGCCGCCCGGGUCAUCGGGACGCUGCUCGGCACCAUUGACAAGCAUUCAGUAGAAGUCACCAACUGCUUCUCAGUGCCUCACAAUGAGUCAGAAGAUGAGGUGGCAGUUGACAUGGAAUUUGCCAAGAAUAUGUAUGAACUGCACAAGAAAGUUUCUCCCAGUGAGAUUAUUCUGGGAUGGUAUGCAACAGGGCAUGACAUCACAGAACACUCCGUCUUGAUUCACGAAUAUUACAGUCGAGAAGCACACAAUCCAAUUCACCUCACGGUGGACACCAGUCUACAAAAUGGGCGCAUGAGCAUUAAGGCCUAUAUCAGUACUGCAAUGGGAGUCCCUGGUAAGACUAUGGGAGUAAUGUUCACUCCGCUCACAGUGAAGUAUACUUACUACGACACAGAACGGAUAGGUGUUGAUCUCAUCAUGAAGACUUGCUUCAGUCCAAAUCGAGUGAUCAGUUUAUCCAGUGACCUUCAGCAAGUGGGAGCUGCUUCUGCUCGGAUUCAGGAUACCCUGAGCACGGUGCUGCAGUAUGCCGAAGAUGUGCUGUCUGGUAAGGUGACUGCUGACAACACUGUUGGCCGCUUCCUGAUGGACCUCAUCACCCAGGUUCCGAAGAUUUCACCAGAGGACUUUGAGACAAUGUUGAACAGCAAUAUCAACGACCUGCUGAUGGUGACUUACUUGGCAAAUCUCACACAGUCACAGAUCGCACUCAAUGAAAAAAUCCUAAACCUGUAAUUAACUCCUAACCAUCUUAAUAGAGGAGAAGGUGAAGAAAACUAUGGAGUUGUAACCUUGUCAUUCAGUUCUUAUAAUUGGACUAUAACUUUUGAAAUGACUGCUAACUAAACUGUCAACUUUAUCCUGGCCCCUCUUUCCAACUCUCGAAGAACCACCCCCCCCAAAAAAAA